UGGAUUUAAUCACAAUUUAAAACAUGUGCCGUGCUAAGAAAUAAAUACAGCAAUAUAGCCACAUUCUAUUUCAAAUUAAAAUGCACAAAUUUAAUGACUCUUCUGCUUAGACCAAUUAAUCAUGAAUUCUUUCUAGUCUUUAUAAGGGCAACACUUAAUCAAGCAUACAAAUUACUAGUGUCCGUCCUUCGGAGAAAUGAACUGUGUUAAAAUUCAAGCAAACAUUUUCCAACUGUUCAUACAAAGGGUUGCAUAAGACAGUCAUUGUGUUGCCACAAAACUUUCCCCAUGAUUUGCUGCUGAUCAGCAUAUACUUCACCUCUUUUCCUCCAAUUAAAAAUUGCAAACAGAAAAGCUUUCCAGCACUAACAGACCCACGUGUCUCCUCAUAGAUGUGGAAAGUCACAUGUUUCAGGAAUGGCCAGACACCCCACUCUGGUACAAUAUAAAAGCAAUGUUAGUCAUUGUCUCUCAUUUUUAAUAGCUCUCCUUUCAUGGUUCUAAUUUUGCCAUUAGGAACUAAACAUUACGGGAACUUUCCUUUUAGUAUAGUGUAACCGAUAAAGAUGGAUCUCCUUCAUAGUAAUGGUGUGCUUAUAAUUCAGCAUUUACAGAAGGAUUACAGGUCUUACCAGGACUUUCUAAAUUUCAUGUCUCAAGUAGGAGAUCCCCGGAAUAUAUUUUUAAUUUAUUUUCCUCUUUGGUUCCAACUUAACCAAGUGGUUGGUACUAAAAUGAUAUGGGUGGCAGUCAUUGGAGAUUGGUUCAACCUCAUAUUUAAAUGGAUUUUAUUUGGCCAUCGUCCAUAUUGGUGGGUCCAAGAAACAAUGAUCUAUCCCAAUCAAUCGAGCCCAUGUCUUGAACAAUUUCCUAUAACAUGUGAAACUGGGCCAGGAAGCCCAUCUGGCCACGCCAUGGGAUCUUCUUGUGUCUGGUAUGUAAUGGUAACAGCAGCACUUAGCUACACAGUGAGGUGGAAAGAUGAAUCUGCAAUUACACUGCACAGACUUACCUGGUCAUUCCUCUGGAGUGUGUUUUGGAUUAUUCAGAUCAGUGUGUGUGUCUCUAGAGUAUUCAUAGCCACACAUUUCCCACAUCAAGUUAUUCUUGGAGUAAUUGGUGGAAUGCUUGUUGCUGAAGCAUUUGAACAUACCCCUGCUAUCCAGACAGCGAGUUUGAGAACGUACAUCAAGACAAAUUUGUUUCUCUUCAUCUUUGCUCUUGGCUUUUACCUGCUUCUCAAACUUAUUGAUGUUGAUCUUCUAUGGUCCGUUCCAAAGGCAAAGAAAUGGUGUGCCAAUCCAGACUGGAUAAAUAUUGACACAACUCCAUUUGCUGGACUGGUGAGAAAUUUAGGAGCACUCUUUGGGUUAGGUCUUGGCAUUAAUUCCGAAAUGUUCAUCAUGAGCUGUAAAGGUACAAAUGGAUAUAAGACGAGUUUCAGACUUCUGUGCAUAGCUGCUUCUUUAGUUACCUUGCAGCUGUUUGAUUUUAUCAAGUUACCCACACAUACUGAGUAUUUGUUUUAUGUUCUUUCUUUUUGUAAAAGUGCAGCCAUACCUCUGACUGUAGUUGCCUUGAUUCCAUACUGCAUACACUUGUUAAUGAGGCCAACUGAAAAGAAGUUAAAUUAGAUGAACUUUCAAAAUAGUCUGAAAAAAUGUGGGCACAUUUAGAUACAAGUGGUGUUCUGUGACCCACUGCAAAGGUAAUUAUUUUGGUACUCCAUUCUGAACAGUGGUGGGUGUCACUGUGUGUUUGAUGUGCUCCCGGUAAGUCCCAUGCCCAAAGGCAGUACAUCCAGGAAUGACACUGUCAUAUCAGAACCACUGAUUGGCUUGCAUUUUGACUUCAUUCCCAGAAGUACUGCAAGGAUUGACAAUGCAGUAUGGCUGCUUAACACCACUGCGGGUAUACACAUGUUUUGAUGCGUGUUGGGAUUAGCCACAGCUUGUAGAUUUUCUAGUUCUUGUACACUUUCAAUUGGAUGGUGCUUCAUCUCCCAUAUCAUCAUUCCACUUUCCAUUUUAUAUAUAUAAAUGCUGCAUGUUAAUCUGCUGGAAAAUUAGGUGUGAUAAAAUCACACUAACUCAACCACAUGAAUACAGCCAUGUAGUGUGGUGAAGUUCUGCAUAGUUUGCCAAAUUUUAGAUUUAACUUAGUGUUUUCUGAGUGAAGCAUCUUCUGACUGAGUCAGGAAAGAAGAAAAUAUUUUUUAAAAGAUUAGUCUGAAAUAAUGUAAUUUCAGUCCACUUGAUUCUAUUUCUAGGGCUAUUGACAGAGCAGAUAACUUUGUAUUGAUAUGUUGCUUUUUUGUAUUUUUCUUUCAAAAAUAACUAAAUGCAAAAUCUUGAAAUGAAAAGGCAAUAAAUUCUAUUUACUAAAACUACUAUACAUUUAACUUUGUGGAAAUUCAUGAACAUAGCGCAUUUAAAUCAGUGUUAUUUGGGUAUGCAUCUGCACAGAGUAACUGCAGAAAGUCAUACAGUGUGAAUUCAUGUAAUCUCAACACACCUGCUAGUGUGUUAUGCAUGCUCCUGUCUUUCCAAUGUAAAUCAGUCUAAUAAUCUCAUUUAAAGAGUACCAAACCAGAAUCAUUAUUUAGGGGUGCACCUGGUCAAGGUAAUUCUUUGUUGCCAUACAGUGAAAAAGCGAUUCAAGAGUAAAACAUGACAUGCUUAUAUUUGGCCAACUUUGUUUGCCCAACCACAGAGAUAACUAUUAUUAUAAUAAAUGUAACAAACUCAUUUGUGAAUUGAUAAUGCUGAUUAAUUUGCUGCUGUAACUAUAUAAAGCCAAUUAUAUCCCUUUUUAUACAUUUUAAUGAACUUCUAUCAUUGCACAUUGACUUUCUAUGGGAAUGUGUACACUACCCGCCGAAUCAGCGGGCAGCGAUCGAUCCAGCGGCGGUUGAUUUAUCGCGUCUAGUCUAGACGCGAUAAAUCAACCCCCGAGCGCUUUCCUGUUGACUCCUAUACUCCACCGCCACGAGAGAUGCAGGCAGAGUCGACGGGGAGCAGCAGCAGUCGACUCACCGCAGUGAAGACACCGCGGUGAGUAGGUCUAAGUAUGUAGACUUCAGCUACGUGAAUAACGUAGCUGAAGUUGCAUAACUUACAUUGAUCCCCUUCCCCCGGUGUAGACCAGGCCUAAAAUUCAUAUCCCAUGUAAUUUCUGGGUGUGAUACCUUUUCAGAGCACAGCUGAGCUAUAUUGUAUUGGUGCCUCGGAUAGGGUUUUCAGAUCCUACACUAAGGCCCAGGGAAGAGCUGGAGCAGUAUUGAGCCUGGAAGGCUCCGCCCCUCAGGCAUCUUGGCUGAGGGUUAGACUAGAUGACCCUUGCGGUCCCUUCUAAUCCUAUGGUUCUAUGAUUCUACUGGCCAGCAUGCUCCUAGGGAAAGGACCGAUAUAAAAGAAGCUCCAGUAGCCCCAGGCAGGAGGGAGACAAGAGGGAAGCCAUUUCCUGAAGAAGCACCGUUUUGCAACAGCAGAAGAAGAAACCUCUAUUGAGGGGGGUCAAGGGAGUCUUCCUCCCUUGACACUACCCAAGAGGGAGGUAGAACCAGGGGCAAGGGCUGACCUUAGCCUGUGGGAGUUCAAGGCAAGGACUUUAAUUCAACUACUUGUACUCCAUUCCCCACUUCCUAUGACCAUCACUGGGACUUCCAUGUGCCCUAGUGAGCCCUGGUUGCUGCCACAGCCUUUUGGGACUAUUGGAAGCUGGUUUAAUUUAGGACUGCCCUCAGAAUACUCUAACUUACCCCUGGGGACCAAACCAGUGGGCAGGCACCUUUGCCUUCCCCUCCCUGAGUUGUGCCAUGCACUCCUUGGCCUUGGUGGAGGAUCUGGAACUGUAUAUUUAUACAGACAUGCACAACACAUUUUAUGUUCUCUUGCGCUAAGUGGGAGGAUAAUAGGGAAAUAAUACUGCAACAGCGAAAGCUUACUAUGUAUUGAUUGAGUGCUACCAAUGUGCUCAGUGUUAUACGGACAUCCAAGAUUACAUAGUCAAUCUCACUAGGAUCUUGCUAUCUAAUUCAGACACUGCAUCUACUGCUUUUUAGAGACAUGAACAAAGGUCAAGUUCCUACUUGAACUGCUUUAUAUUCUGUCUGCAAGUAUCUGAAAACAUCCGAAAGACAAGAAGGAUGUUAGAUAUGCAUAAGAGCUUUUAUGUCUGCACUAAGUGCCUUAUUUGGCUAUUUACAAAGCAUUUUCCUCUUCCUCGAUGCAAUCAUUUGUGAUAUUUCAAUGCAGAGUGAAUAGUAACAAAAUUUAGGCAGAGCUUCAUGCACAUCCUUCAGCAGUCGGAAAUAAAACCUCUAAAGAAAAGUGCUGGAAGUUAAUGUGAACUCAGUUUGCAAGGCAUGAAAGGCUCUAUCUUGUAGCCCCAAAUCCUUGAAAUACUGUUUAUAUCACAGUAGGAGACAUUUUGGUUUCAGAUCCCAAUAUUCAUCCCAUGUUAACUGUGCUUUCUAUAAAAUUGUAACAAUGGCCUAAGGGAAUUCUAAUUGUAUUUUUAGCGAUGUAGAAGUAAUAAAUUAACAGAUUGGCCAGAAGGAGGUUAUUUCAUGAGUGCUAUAAUUAUUUUGCACUAGGAAUUUGAUAAAUAUGGAAAUCAUUUUAUAUUAUCCUAGGAACACUUAAUAUUUGGGUCUUUCAUGCAAAGAGUAUCCGUGAAAUUGGAUGGCAACUUUCCUUGGUUCCAGAAAUUGCAAUUUUUCCCAGUAAAAGCACAUCCAGUAUUGAGAGCAGGCACCAAUGCAUAGAAAUGGAUUACAACAUACAGGGAUAAUCCAUAACAUUACUGUUUUCCAAGUACUGAUGCAUGUACUCAGGUACUCUAAUUUAUCAAACACAGUAGGUUCCAAAUACUGACUUGCCUUUAAAUAUUGGAUUCAUGUUCGUUUUCGGAGAGUAACAAGGCAGGGUUUUUAUGCAUUCCCUACCACGAAAGUCAGUGUGGUAAGUACACUGUAAUUACAAUGUGAAUGAAAAAUAACUUCGGUUGUAGCUUGUCUGUGUUACAAGGUCUAAUAUGCUCACUUUGGUUUGUAACAGUGCGCAUGGUAAUAUUAACAAGAAUGGAAAUUUUCUUUCCCUAUCAUUUCCAUUCUUCUAGCAGCGUCUUCCACAAUCGUCCUACAUAUGGGCUAUUCCUCUCCUAUCUACAGCUUCUGGAGGCAAUUCAAAGCUAAAGAAUAGCUUGCUCUAGCCAUGCUCCCUUUGCCAGCCUACUGCCAGUAGAUUCAAUCCAGAGCAGUGUAAAAAAAUAAUUAAUGGCAAGAUUAUUAGUAACAGCAAGGUUAUUAUUGAAGGAGGCUUCUGUGAAAGACAAAAGACAGAGCCUAAUAAAGGUGUUAGCCAAUAUCUGUGUCACUGCUCUGCAGUUUUCUGCAGUGAAACAACAUGCUCUUUCAGCCCACAAUGUUGCCAUAGAUCUUGUGGCAUGGAUCUUGAUUCCUUCUGGAUGCCUUGAAUGCCUCAACAAUACAUAGUCCAAACCAUCUGGCUAACAUACUCUAAGUCCUUGACAGAUUGGGUGAAAGGAAAUGAACAGAGAACCUGAUCUUUUUGUGACUUCUGGACACUUGAUAUAAACCUUUGGUACUUAUCUGACAGCCAAGGUGUGCCAUAUCUUCCCAUUGAGUCUCUGUGAUUUUGGACAGACUGAAGGGAGGACAAUCUGCUAUGAGGCAUGAAAAGGCUAAUUUACUUUAGGCAGGAACAUUUCUGCACCACCUUGACAUCACUGAACAUACAGUAAGGUUCCUGCUGUGGACAUGAUGGUGACCAGAAAACAGGUUUUGAUGGAGAGGUAAAAUUGUGAUACAAAUGUCAGAGGUUCAAAGGGAUGGAUGGUUGGGGCUUUCAGCACCAGUGGUAGGUCCCACUUAGGGAAAAUUGGUCUGACUGCUCUGAGGGACCUGGAUACCUGAGAGUUCUCACCCAGGGAGCCCAAGGAGCCUGCAAACAGCACAAUAAUAAGGACUGACACCUGGAGUACUGUGGUGUUUGGCUCUGAAUCUCCUACAAACACACAGAUUCAUGACAAACACCAAGAAACAUUUCAUGAUUCCUUCAAUUAUUCAUCUGGGUGCGGCAAUAGACAUGUCAGCAGUGGAGAUCUACCCAUCAGUCGACAGAUUCCACAAGAUUCAGGACUUGAUAUCCAUGCUAGUCUAGAGCAGGAGCCCAACAACAGUUCAGUGCCUUCAGCUAUUGGGCCUCCUGUUCUCGUGCCGAGGGAUCACUCCAUGGAUGAGAUCACAGAUCAGAUGCCUCAGGUCUAUCUGCUGAAAGUAUGGGACCAUGGUCUGGGAUGGAUGCAAGAUCGGUACUGGUCCCAGACCAAGUCAUUGACUUCCUGAGAUGGUAGACAGUCCCAGGCAAUGUCCACAGGUGUUUGUCACGAAUCUGUGCUCUUGCAGGAGAUUCAGAGCCUGGAUCAUGGCACUGUGUGCAGUGGUCUGGGUAGGAGUCUGAUUUAGAUGCCUUCCAGAAAGAGGAAUAGGUGAAUUUUCUGGGAUCUGGGUAUCGAAUAUCAUCAGCAUCUUUGCAAAUACCCUGGGGCUAUGGGAGACUGAAUGGCACUGUUAGAUACUGGUAGCAAUCCAUGCCAUAAGCAAAUCUCAGUAGGUUGUCUUCGUAGGGGCACACUGGAAUGUGGAGGCAUGGGUGAUGUGCAUCUUGGUGCCAACCGGCAGAGGGCAUAGGGGUGCAUAAGGGUUACUGGGAUCCCCUGGAUCUGAUAUCUUCAUACUAGUUCACCCAAGGGUGUCAUGUAAAGUCUUUACUGAAAGCCUGUGUUACUCUUCUCAUCAUAAACAUUGUACAAUGUAUAUACAGGUAAUAAUAAGUUAUGUAUCUGUACUGGAAACGAUGUUCUUAAAGCUUUGAAGUUAAAGCAGGUCACCACAAGGUGACCAGCCUUGGACAGAUUCUGGUCUGCCUGGAGAUAGGAAAUGCUUCUCACUCUUUGUAUCAAGUGUGUAUUGUGCAAUUGUGUGUCUCACAAUGUAAGCCUAUCUGGGGCAGAGCCAGCUGCUAAUUAAAAGGUUGCAAGGUGAACAAGCGAGGGAGCCCAGAGGGAACAACAAUCGACAGUGGUGCUCUGAUUAUGAAUAAAGCGCAAAGGACUGUUUUGAUAUAUCUGAGCUUGCAAAGAGACUUGGGGGCUCUUUCCACUGAGGAGUCAAGAGGACAGCAUGACUUAUCUGAUGAGUGGAAGCUCACAGCCAAGCUUGGCUGUAAGACACUGGAAGGCUUUUGGGGUGAGCUUUUGCGCUAUAUGGCAUAACAAUGUCAUGAAAGCAUGUUGUGAUUUUAAUUUACAUGUAACCAUUUGUUUCCACUAUUUCUAUUUGC